UGGAAGAAGGAGGUGCAGGGAAAAUAAGUCGUAUUGUGGAGGAGAAAGGGAGACAGGGAGGGGGAGAGGUCAGGGACGCAGGGGGGUUCAUCGUGCUGCCAGAAAUAAGGAGAGUGUCUACACAAAUGGUUUGGCAGACGAAACCAAGGGGACGAAGUGAAAUAAACCAGCAACCACCUCUCCGCCGCUGACACGCUCGCGCAAGGACUACUUUGGAUCUUCAAAACCCCACUCCUGUCAAAGACAGCGUUUGCGCCAUUUGCGGGGCGCGAGCUGCUCGGGCUGACUUUUGGAUCGUGCGCGAUUUGGAGAUUUUUUAUUGCCACGCCGCGUCAGGAUGCGCGUCUGUCCACUGCUGGUGUUCGCCUGUCUGCUGUGCGCUGGACGCGCUCAGAGAUUCUCUGCUCUCACGUUCCUGCGCGUGGACCAGGACAAGGAGUGCGGCAUGGAUUGCGACGGGUCGCCUCGCAAGCCGCUGUGCGCCUCCGACGGCAGGACGUUCACGUCGCGCUGCGAGUUCCUCCGGGCCAAGUGCCGCGACCCCCAGCUGGAGGUCAUCCGAGGGCCGUGCAAAGAUACGUCCAGAUGUGUGGCAGAGAAGAAGUACACAGAACAGCAGGCCAAGAGGCUCUUCCCACAGGUCUUUGUGCCCGUGUGCAACCCCGAUGGCACAUAUAGUGAGGUUCAGUGCCACAGCUACACUGGAUACUGCUGGUGUGUUACUCCUGACGGUCGACCCAUCAGUGGUUCAGCAGUGGCCAAUAAAAAGCCUCGAUGCCAAGGGUCCAAACAAGAGAGAGCGACCACGAGAGAGCCAGGUAAAUCAGUCUCCUUGCAAAUAUUUUCCAUUCUAAAUGCAGAUGACACGGGCCUUGUGGUGGAUCCGCAGCCUGCUGCAGAUGAAGAAGACAUCAUUUCCCAGUACCCCACUUUGUGGACGGAACAGGUCCGCAGCCGGCAGAACAGAACCAGAGGACCGUCCUCGUCGUGUGACCAGGAGCAGCAGUCGGCCCAGGAUGAAGCCCGGCAGCACAAGAACGACGCCGUGUUCAUACCGGACUGCGCUCAAGGUGGACUGUACAAGCCCGUCCAGUGCCAUCCCUCCACAGGCUACUGCUGGUGUGUGCUGGUGGACACUGGGCGGCCCAUACCCGGCACGUCCACCAGAUAUGAACAGCCGAAGUGUGACAUCAAUGCUAGGGCUCACCCCAAAGCCAAGGACCAUUACAAGAGCAGACAUCUCCAAGGCUGUCCCGGGGCGAAGAAAACCGAGUUCCUGACAAGCGUCCUGGACGCGCUGUCGACAGACAUGGUGCACGCCGUGACAGAUCCAGCAUCCCCCGGAAGGGUGACGGAGCCCGACCCCAGCCACACACUGGAGGAGCGCGUGGUCCACUGGUACUUCAGUCAGCUGGACAAAAACGCCAGCGGGGACAUCGGCAAGAAGGAGAUCAAGCCGUUCAAGCGCUUCCUGCGCAAGAAGUCCAAGCCCAAGAAGUGCGUGAAGAAGUUCGUGGAGUACUGCGACAUCAGCAACGACAAGGCGCUGUCCCUGCAGGAGCUGAUGGGCUGCCUGGGCGUGACCAAGGAGGAAGGGGCGAAACCGGGAGACGGCUUAUCUUCUGCCAAACUAGUACGUAAACCCGCCCUCCCCCCACACUGACGACGGUGAGAUGGGAGGAAACAGGCGCCUCGGCCGGGGUUUCAGUCGCUUUCGUGCUUUUCUCUGACGCAAUAAGCGGCUGAUGUCACUUUGUUGUUCUUCUGCCCCAAGAACCCGUCAAAGAAGCAGGGCUGAGCCGGCGGCCGAGGCCCCCCGUCCUGCGCCGAGAAGCUGCCCUCACCGAUGGGCAAUAUUGGAAACAUAGUAUUUGCACUUUUGUACUUUAAAAAAAAAAUGUAAAUUCACUUUGUAGAGGUAAGGUAUUUAAACAGACUGCUGAAUCUGUGAAUGAUGUAGUUAUUCGCUUUCUAUGUCCUGACAAACAAAAGUUAUUUACACAUACAAUGUAUGUGUCCUUUGUGUGUCUAAAAAGUACUUUUCAGAGUUGUACAAGUUUUAAUAUUUGCUGUUACGUUUCUUCUCUGGUUGAUGAUGUAAUGCAGAACGCCGCCCCCCGUGCGUGUGAUCUGAACGGAUCUAGAGCAUCUAGUGGAUCUCUUCCUAUGCUUUGUACAGCAGUUUCAAUCAUGCAUCCUAACAACAUCCUACAUGUUCACAUGUAAUCGUCUUUAUUAGAAAUAAAGAACUCUUUUAUACAUUUG